AUGGAGGAUCUUCCUCCCUUCGAGUUCAACGAGGCUGGCGAAGUCAAGCUCGCCCCUGGCGAACUCUACUGCCGCUGGGGUGGUAGAUCCAGCAGCAUCACGUGCACCAAGACGGAGCGGUUCUCGAGCGAGUCGAACCUCAAGAACCACAUCAAGAAGCACAAGCUCGACGGGGUCCCGGCCAAGGUUAAGAGCCGCAAGUCCGGCGCGAACUCCGUCGAGGAGAACGAUGAUGCAGCUGAAUUCUACGACCGCAUCCACGGCAUCGCCAUCGGCGCUCGCGAUGACAGCGAGCUGCAGACUCCUUCCAAGAAACGGAAGGCGCAGACCCCUCCCCCCCUUCUUGCCGUGCAGUUCAGAACUAAUUACGAAUCGAUUCAGAAUGUCCUCCCGCCCUUCGCGAUCAGGAAUGUGAGGUCUGGGCCCGCUUUGAGGAUGAUGAAGAAGAUGAGGCCUGAAUCAAUUCAGGAUCGGUUUGGAACCAGUUUGGGACUUCUUUCGGGACCGAUUUGGAACCGCUUUAGAAUCAAUUCUUUAUAG